AUGCAGAGGUCUCCCCUGGAGAAGGCGAACAUCUUCUCCAAACUUUUCUUCAGAUGGACAAACCCAAUUUUGAAAAAGGGUUACAGACGACGGUUGGAGCUCUCAGAUAUUUAUCAAAUCCCUUCUUCAGACUCUGCUGAUAAUCUUUCUGAAAAACUGGAAAGAGAAUGGGACAGAGAGCUAGCAACUUCAGAGAAGAAACCCAAACUCAUCAAUGCUCUGCGACGAUGCUUUUUCUGGAAAUUUAUGUUCUAUGGAAUAAUUUUAUAUUUAGCGGAAGUCACCAAAGCUGUGCAGCCCCUUCUGCUGGGGAGAAUAAUAGCUUCCUAUGACCCAGACAACUCUGAUGAAAGAUCCAUAGCCUACUACCUGGGCAUUGGCCUGUGCCUCCUCUUUGUUGUGAGAACACUGCUCAUCCACCCUGCUAUAUUUGGUCUUCAUCACAUUGGAAUGCAAAUGAGGAUAGCUAUGUUUAGCUUGAUUUAUAAGAAGAUCCUAAAACUGUCAAGCAGAGUUCUAGAUAAAAUAAGUACUGGACAAUUGGUCAGUCUUCUUUCCAACAACCUGAACAAGUUUGAUGAGGGUCUUGCUCUGGCUCAUUUUGUAUGGAUUGCACCAUUACAAGUGGCACUGCUGAUGGGAUUGCUCUGGGAUAUGUUAGAAGCUUCUGCAUUUUCUGGACUUGCUUUUCUAAUAGUCAUGGUCUUAUUCCAAGCCUGGCUGGGACAAAUGAUGAUGAAAUACAGGAAUAAGAGAGCAGGAAAGAUCAAUGAGAGACUUGUCAUCACUUCAGAAAUAAUUGAAAAUAUACAGUCAGUUAAAGCCUAUUGUUGGGAAGAUGCAAUGGAAAAAAUGAUUGAAAACAUCCGUGAAACUGAAUUGAAGCUUACCCGAAAAGCUGCUUAUGUGAGAUAUUUCAACAGCUCAGCCUUCUUCUUCUCAGGCUUUUUUGUGGUGUUCUUGGCUGUGCUUCCGUAUGCUGUGAUUAAAGGAAUUACUCUCCGAAAAAUAUUUACCACCAUUUCCUUCUGCAUUGUUCUUCGAAUGACAGUGACCAGGCAGUUUCCCGGCUCUGUGCAGACCUGGUAUGACUCUAUUGGAGCAAUAAACAAAAUACAGGAUUUCUUGCUGAAAAAAGAAUAUAAAGCUCUGGAGUAUAAUCUAACAACCACUGGGGUUGAGCUGGACAAAGUAACAGCUUUUUGGGAUGAGGGGAUUGGAGAGCUAUUUGUAAAAGCAAACCAGGAAAACAACAAUAGCAAAGCUCCUAGCACUGACAGAAAUCUCUUCUUCAAUAAUUUUCCCCUUCAUGCCUCUCCUGUUCUUCAGGACAUAAAUUUCAAGAUUGAGAAGGGGCAGCUAUUGGCUGUUUCUGGAUCUACUGGAGCAGGCAAGACUUCUCUUCUGAUGUUGAUAAUGGGAGAAUUGGAGCCUUCACAGGGUAAGAUUAAACACAGUGGAAGGAUAUCCUUUUCACCUCAAGUCUCCUGGAUCAUGCCUGGAACAAUAAAGGAGAACAUAAUUUUUGGUGUAUCCUAUGAUGAAUACCGGUACAGGAGUGUCAUCAAAGCCUGCCAACUAGAGGAGGAUAUUUCCAAGUUCCCAGAAAAAGAUUAUACUCUGCUGGGUGAAGGUGGAAUCAUUCUGAGUGGAGGUCAACGAGCACGGAUCUCACUGGCCAGGGCAGUGUACAAAGAUGCUGAUUUGUAUCUCCUGGAUUCUCCUUUUGGACACUUAGAUAUUUUUACAGAAAAAGAGAUAUUUGAAAGCUGUGUGUGCAAGUUGAUGGCGAAUAAAACAAGGAUCUUGGUUACUUCAAAAUUGGAACACUUAAAGAUUGCUGACAAAAUAUUAAUCUUACAUGAAGGAAGCUGCUAUUUCUAUGGAACAUUUUCUGAACUUCAGGGUCAGCGGCCAGACUUCAGCUCAGAGCUGAUGGGAUUUGACUCUUUUGAUCAGUUCAGCGCAGAGAGAAGAAAUUCAAUCCUUACUGAGACUCUCCGACGAUUUUCCAUUGAAGGAGAAGGCAUGGGAUCGCGCAAUGAAAUAAAGAAGCAAUCUUUUAAACAAAAAUCAGAUUUGAACGACAAGAGGAGGAACUCAGUGAUUAUUAACCCCCUUAAUGCAAAUAGGAAGUUCUCAGUGGUGCAGAAGAACGGGGUGCAGGUCAAUAGGAUAGAGGACGGGCACAGUGACCCGCUGGACAGGAGGGUCUCGCUGGUGCCCGACGUGGAGCAGGGCGACGUGGCUCUGCUGAGGAGUGGGAUGCUCAAGCCUGACCAUCUGCUGCAGGGGCACAGGAGGCAGUCGGUGCUCAACCUCAUGACGAGCACCUCUGUCAGCUACGGACCAAACUUCCCCAAGAAGGGAAGUACAACCUUUCGGAAAAUGUCCAUGGUGCCCCAGACAAACCUGUCUGCUGAGAUGGAUAUCUACACCAGGCGGGUGUCGCGAGACAGCGUCCUGGACAUAACUGAUGAAAUCAAUGAAGAGGAUCUGAAGGAGUGCUUCAGUGAUGAUGCUGAAAGCAUGGGUACUGUUACUACAUGGAAUACCUAUUUCAGAUAUGUUACUAUCCACAAAAACUUGAUUUUUGUUCUGAUUUUGUGUGUGAUUGUCUUCUUAGCUGAGGUAGCUGCUUCUCUUGCUGGGGUAUGGUUUCUUCAAAAGACAGCUUUGAAGGCAAAUUCAACCCAGUCAGAAAACAGCACCUCUGACAAACCUCCUGUGAUUGUCACUGACACUAGCAGCUACUACAUCGUUUACAUCUACGUGGGUGUGGCAGAUACUCUGCUUGCCAUGGGAAUCUUCAGAGGUUUGCCCCUUGUGCACACACUUAUAACAGUGUCUAAAACUCUUCAUCAGAAGAUGGUGCAUGCAGUUCUUCAUGCACCUAUGUCAACCUUCAACUCUUGGAAAGCAGGUGGUAUGCUUAACAGAUUCUCAAAAGAUACGGCCAUACUAGAUGACAUACUUCCACUUACAGUAUUUGACUUCAUUCAGUUAAUACUGAUUGUGAUUGGCGCUAUAACAGUAGUCUCAAUAUUAGAACCCUACAUCUUCCUGGCAUCAGUGCCUGUGAUAGCAGCCUUUAUUCUGUUAAGGGCAUACUUCCUCCACACUUCUCAGCAGCUGAAACAACUGGAAUCUGAAGCUCGGAGUCCAAUUUUCACCCAUCUUGUUACAAGCUUAAAAGGGCUGUGGACACUGCGAGCUUUUGGGCGGCAGCCAUAUUUUGAGACCUUAUUUCACAAAGCUCUGAACCUACACACGGCAAACUGGUUCCUCUACCUGUCAACACUGCGCUGGUUCCAGAUGAGGAUAGAAAUCAUUUUUGUUGUCUUUUUUGUUGCUGUGGCAUUUAUCUCUAUCAUAACUACAGGUGAAGGACCAGGUACAGCUGGAAUUAUUCUUACUUUAGCUAUGAACAUCAUGGGAACCUUGCAGUGGGCAGUAAACUCAAGCAUAGAUGUUGAUAGUUUGAUGCGGUCUGUCGGACGAAUAUUUAAAUUCAUUGACAUGCCAACAGAAGAGACAGAAAGCAUUAAGCCACAGAAGAAUAAUCAGUUUUCAGAUGGCCUUGUAAUUGAAAACAGGCAUGUGAAGGAAGAGAAGAACUGGCCAUCUGGGGGUCAAAUGACUGUGAAAGACCUUACAGCCAAAUACGGUGAAGGUGGACCUGCUGUACUAGAAAACAUUUCUUUUUCAAUAAGUUCAGGACAGAGGGUGGGCCUUUUAGGAAGAACAGGUUCAGGAAAAAGCACUUUACUUUUUGCAUUUUUAAGACUGCUGAAUACAGAAGGGGAUAUCCAGAUUGAUGGAGUCUCCUGGAACACGGUCAGCGUGCAGCAAUGGAGAAAAGCAUUUGGAGUGAUUCCUCAGAAAGUGUUCAUAUUUUCUGGAAGUUUUCGGAUGAAUUUGGAUCCUUAUGGGCAGUGGAAUGAUGAAGAAAUAUGGAAAGUUGCAGAGGAGGUUGGGCUGAAGUCUGUAAUAGAGCAAUUUCCAGGCAAGCUUGAUUUUGUUCUUGUGGAUGGAGGCUGUGUCCUCAGCCAUGGCCACAAGCAGCUGAUGUGCCUUGCCCGGUCAGUUCUCAGCAAAGCUAAAAUCCUGCUGCUCGAUGAACCAAGUGCUCACCUGGACCCUGUAACUUCCCAAGUGAUCAGGAAGACCCUGAAGCACGCGUUUGCCAACUGCACAGUGAUACUGUCCGAGCACAGGCUGGAGGCAAUGCUGGAAUGCCAGAGGUUUUUGGUGAUUGAGGACAAUAAGCUGAGGCAGUACGAAUCCCUUCAGAAGCUGCUGAACGAGAAGAGCUCCUUCAGGCAGGCCAUCAGUCACGCUGAGCGCCUUAAGCUGCUGCCAGCACACCACAGAAACUCCAGCAAACGUAAACCCCGACCCCAAAUCACUGCCUUGCAGGAGGAGACAGAGGAAGAAGUGCAGGAGACAAGACUGUGAGAAGCUGUGUAGAGACCUUUGGGGAGUGAAUGGUCAGCAGUGCCCCACUGUGACAGGACCAGCCCUUCUGAAGCUGCCUCAGCCAUGCACAAA